AUGGUGACAGGAGGAGGGUGUGAUGACAUGAUGAUGAUAGUGACAGGAGGAGGGUGUGAUGAAGUGAUGAGGGUAGUGAUGGGAGGAGGGUUUGAUGAAGUGAUGAUGAUAGUGACAGGAGGAGGGUGUGAUGAAGUGAUGAGGGUAGUGAUGGGAGGAGGGUGUGAUGAAGUGAUGAGGGAAGUGAUGGGAGGAGGGUGUGAUGAAAUGAUGAGGAUAGUGACAGGAGGAGGGUGUGAUGAAGUGAUGAGGGUAGUGAUGGGAGGAGAGUGUGAUGAAAUGAUGAGGAUAGUGACAGGAGGAGGUUGUGAUGAAGUGAUGAGGAUAGUGAUAGGAGGAGGGUGUAAUGGAGCGAUGAGGAUAGUGAUGGGAGGAGGUUGUGAUGAAGUGAUGAGGAUAGUGACAGGAGGAGGGUGUGAUGAAGUGAUGAGGAUAGUGAUGGGAGGAGGUUGUGAUGGAGUGAUGAGGAUAGUGAUGGGGAGGGUUGUGAUUGAUGGUGGUGGGAGGUUUAUGGUGGGAGAGGGUGGGGGGUUUUGA